CUACAUGUCAUCCAUAGGUUCCUCUGACGUCGGAGCAAGAACGUUUGAGGAAGCCGGGACCAAGGGUCAGCGCUGCACAGACACCAAGCUAACCCGCCCGACCCGCCGCGCCUCCGGGGCAGAGGCGGGGCCCAUCUCGCCGAGCCCGCCCCCGCCUGCGUCAGCCAGUUGUCCACUCGCCGCUCGUUUCCCGUCGGGAAGUCACCUUAAGAGAAGUCUCAGAAAGGACGGGCCUGACUGCCUUGCUUAGCGUUCGAAGCCACGCCAUGCUCGCCCUCAGAAGCGGCCUGACCAGGGCGCUGGCGGUGAAGACGCUAGUGCCUCAGAUGUGCUCAUCUUUUGCUACGGGCCCCAGACAAUUUGAUGGAACAUUUUAUGAAUUUCGUACUUACUGCCUUAAGCCUUCAAAAAUGAAUGAGUUCUUGGAAAGUAUUAAGAAAAACAUUCAUCUUCGGACAGCUCACUCUGAAUUGGUUGGAUUCUGGAGUGUUGAAUUUGGUGGCAGAGCAAACAAAGUGUUUCAUAUUUGGAAGUAUGAUAAUUUUGCUCAUCGAACUGAAGUUCGGAAAGGCGUAGCCAAAGAUAAGGAAUGGCAACAAGUUAUCGUUCCAAAUUUGGCUCUCAUGGAUAAACAAGAGUUUGACAUUACUUACCUGGUGCCAUGGUGCAAAUUAGAAAAACCUCCGAAAGAAGGAGUCUAUGAACUGGCUAUCUUUCAGAUGAAACCUGGUGGGCCAGCUCUAUGGGGUGAUGCAUUUAAAAGAGCAAUUAAUGCCCAUGUCAAUCUAGGCUACACAAAACUAGUUGGCGUUUUCCACACAGAAUAUGGAGAACUCAACAGAGUUUACGUUCUUUGGUGGAAUGAGAGUGCAGAUAGUCGGGCAGCUGGCAGACAUCAGGCUCAUGAGGAUCCCAGAGUUGUGGCGGCUGUUCGAGAAAGUGUCAACUACCUAGUGUCUCAGCAGAACAUGCUUCUGAUUCCUUCGUCAUUUUCACCAUUGAAAUAGUAAUCUACUGAAGUACCAAGCAUUUCAUUAACUGGCAUAAGAUGUGUCUGCUAAUAGUGCUUAAAUUCUCCCAGCAAGUUCUCACUGUUAUCUGAAGGAGGUGGUAAGUUAAUUGACUGUAUUUCUUGCAUUUUUGAAAGCUAAAUCUUUUCUUUUGUCACCACCACUUCAGGAAAUAGGUCUGUGCAUUUUCCUGGGGACAUGUCAGUAUCUGUUGUACAUUAGAAAUAGCUGUCACUACUUCAUGAUCUUGGUUUUUCACUGGUUUCAGAAUUUCUCUUCUCCUGUAUUUUGAAAUCCUUUGCUUUAUAGAAUUUUCUUGUAUUCAAAUAAUGGUUUUACAUUUUCUUGCCUGACAAUAUUUUUAAAUUAUUUAUAUACAUAUAUAAUAUUUAUCCUUUUAUCACAUGAUUUUUCUAAGAUUAAAAAUUUUUUCCCAGUAAAGCUUAUUUUUUCAUAUCAAAUGGGAUUUAUAAAAAUAUUGGAUCAAAUAUAUUUCUUUCCUUUGGAAAAGUACAAUUUCAUCUGUGUCAUCUGUAUUAUGGUUUUCACAUUAAUUAUUAGUCACUCUAACUUAGAAAAUAAUGUGUAGGUCAUGGCAUUAAAAAUGUAGAAAAGACUGAAGGUCUUACAUACUGAAGGUUUACAUACUGAAAUGUGUUCUUUUAUAAUUAAUUUUACUAAUUUUUACUUCAUUUUGGAUCACUAGAAAAGAUCUUAAGACAUCUAUUUGUUUUAAAGAAAUGUUUAUGAUAAUGGAAAUACUUGUCCUAAUAAAUGCCUAUAUAUUCAUUCUGAUUAUUUAAUUUGCAUU